AUGAUUGAGAACGCCAUAAGGGGUGGCAAGAUAGAGGGGGAAACUGCUAAAAGAUCGGCCCCAAGAAGGAAAGAUAAUAAGGUGAACAAUAUGAAUAGUUAUAAUUCAAAAGUGGUUACGGUUAAUCAGACCAGAGUGACUACAGUUGGGCAACAAGAUUCUCAAAAGCAGAGAUCAGGUUCGAGACAAAAUCCUGAAAAGGUCUCAUUUACGCUUAUCCCAGUGACGUAUUGGGAGCUUUAUCAAAGCUUAUUUAAUGCGUAUGCAAUAGCUCCUUUUCAAUUGAAACCUCUGCAACCUCCAUACCCUAAAUGGUACGAUGCAAACGCCAAAUGUGAAUACUAUGCAGGGAUAUCAGGGCAUUCGAUCAAAAAUUACAUUGGCUUUAAAAAAGCAAUGGAAAGACUUAUUAAGAUAGGGGUUGUAAAAUUUGAUGACACCCCUAGUAACAAGAACCCGUUGCCAAAUCAUGGUGAUCAAGGGGUAAACGCAGUUGGGGAUACUGGAAUGAGACGGAUUAAGGAGAGCGUGGCAGAGGUGAGAACGCCGAUAAAAAUAAUUUGGGAAGAAAUGGUGAAAAAAGAGAUGAUAAUCUCUAAAGAAAGGAAUAGAGGAGUGAGAGACUACUGCGAAUUCCAUGCUGAAGAGGGACACGAGAUCCAGGAAUGUGAUGAGUUUAAGGCCUUAGUACAAAGCCUUAUGGAUAAUAAGAAGUUGGAAUUUUAUGAAGCUGGCUCAGAUGAGGGACGUAUAUGCACAUUAGAAGGAGGACCGAAGAAUCAAAACUGGCCAAGGAUCAUUAUUUCUUUACCAAGAAAUAAUGAAGUUGAAAUACCAAUGGUACCGAAAGUCAUUAUUCAUAAACCUGUUUCCUUUCCUUAUAAGGAUAACAAGAGGGUACCUUUGAAUUAUAACUGCAAUGUGACAGUGCCGAAGGAGGAUAUAGCUAGUGCCUCUAAGGAGGUUCGAGAUGAGGGUUCAUAUACACGUAGUGGGAAGCGUUAUGAUGCAGAAGGCGUUGGAGUCGAGUCCGUAAAAGAAAAAGCCUGUGACAAAGGAAAGGGGACUGAAAUACUGGUUAAUGAGCCAGUAAGGGAAGAAGAAGCCAGAGAAUUUCUAAAAUUCUUGAAACACAGUGAGUACAGUAUAGUUGAGAAAUUGCGCAAACAACCAGCUCGUAUAUCAGUAUUGGCUUUGCUUCUGAGUUCAGCGGUACAUCAUGGGCGUUAA